CCCCAAUUGCCCGAAGAUGCAGGCUUCACGGCAGCAGAUAGGACGUCAAUUGCUCUCUGGGCGGAGGAGGCCAGCAGUAGGAGAAGCAUACAGAUGUUUCUCCUGCUCAACCAGACAAGCACGGCCUCAACAGCCUUCAUCAUCAUCCCCGCCGCCACCACCACCACCACCUCCAAAGUCCCCGCAAGAUGCACCGCAAACAACGCACUUUGGCUUUGAAACAAUCGCCGAAGCCCUCAAGGAGCAACGAGUCGCCUCCGUCUUCUCCUCGGUCGCCUCCUCGUACGACUCGAUGAACGACUUCAUGUCUCUCGGGAUCCACCGGCUCUGGAAAGACCACUUUGUGCGGAACCUGAACCCAGGGCGGAACCCAAUCAGCUCUGCUCCUUCCGACUCGCCCGGCAUGACGAUCCUCGACAUUGCGGGCGGCACGGGCGACAUCGCCUUCCGCAUGCUGGACCACGCCUCGCAGAUGAACCACGACGCGCACACGCGCGUCACCGUCGCAGACAUCAACCCGGACAUGCUGGCCGAGGGCCAAAAACGCUCCCUGCACACGCCCUACGCGCGCUCCCCGCGCCUGCAAUUCGUACAGGCAAACGCAGAGCAUCUCCACAUGGUCCCCGACCAAUCCGUCGACUUGUACACCGUCGCCUUUGGCAUCCGCAACUUCACCCGCAAAGACGUCGCCCUCAGAGAGGCCUACCGCGUCCUCAAGCCCGGAGGCGUCUUCGCCUGCUUGGAGUUUAGCAAGGUCCAGAAUCCCCUGUUUGAUGCCGUCUAUCAGCGCUGGAGCUUCGGUGCUAUCCCCCUCAUAGGCCAGUUGGUCGCCGGCGAUAGGGAUAGCUAUCAGUACCUUGUAGAGAGCAUUGCUAGGUUCCCCAGUCAGCAGGAGUUUAGUGACAUGAUUAGGGAGGCUGGGUUUUUGGUGCCUGGCAAGGGCUGGGAGGAUUUGACCAAUGGCAUUGCCGCUAUACAUAAGGGAGUUAAGCCUGUUGGGGUGACGAAGAAGAAGGUGUAAAGAUAUUUUUUGAGGGGAUUUUUUUUUAGGUUUUUCUACUCAUUAGAUGCGGGGGUUGGUUUUUUUUUUGGGGUAUGAUUAACUGUCAUAUCUCAUUUUCCAAAAAAAAGCAGAUUCUUAAUGGCAUAGACAUUACACUCUCAAGAGACUAUUACAACG